CAUGUGUAAUGUUGGCACCAUGAACUUUGGUGAGUCUAGACUGCUCAGAAGAACAGAGACAAGGCUCUCUGGGUUGUCACAAAGCUGUCGUGGGGAGAAGUCACCUUCUUUAGGACUCUCAGGAGAUGCAGAGGCAGUAUCUCUCUGGAAGGAUUGAGACUGACUCAUCUUUUAAGGAACGUGAUAUGUCAAGUGAAGCAAAAUCUCUAGAGGACAGUCACUGAAUAAUGCACGAUUACAUUUGUAUCAUUUUUUGUGAUUGUUCAAGUGCAGUCGCCCAGCAGUAGUUUUGAAUAAAGAUCGUGUACAUCCAAAUUGACAUAUAGCUGAAAGACUAGAUUUCUCAUGGCCCUGUUAUACACAGUAAUGCUGACUUCUAAGUUAUAUGACAGAGGUUUUAUGGGUUUAAGCAAAAACCAGAAUCUUUUCAUCACAAAUGGAAUUUCUCCUGAUUUUGAUUGGAAAUCUGUUUUUCACUGUCAGAAAUAACCAUGACAGUGUCCCCACUCAAGCCUAUAAAAUGAUCUCACUCUGAUAUAGACAAUACACUUCAACACCAUCCUUUCAUUGAGGAUGAUGCACCAAGGGUAGUAAUUACAGACACUACUGACAGAUCCAUGACUAACGCUGUCAACAAUACCUUGGUCUAUAAAACCCUGAUUUCUCUCUGCUGCAUUCAAACAAGUACAGUCAGUGUAGCAGCAAAGUAGUUACACACUGGUCCUUUGUGUUUACAUACAGCCUAUUCAUAGGUAUUACAGGGGCACAUUUCAUGCAGGAUUUGUAUGUGUUCAUCUACAGUCUAGUGCAGUAAAAGAACCUUUCGGGGCCUUAAGAGGAUAUCAUCAACAAUGUGGACCCUGGCUCUUUUUCUUUGUUUGGGAAAUAUUUUCAUCGGAGGCAAGGCCACUGAUCAGCAUUCAGAGCCAUCCCCUGUAAUCCCGCUUUCAGAAACGGCCUCCCCUGCUCUUUUAAUACUGGAAAAACAGAAAUCCAACAGCUCAAUUCAUCCACCCCAAGUAGCAGGACCAAAAACACAGCACCCUCCUAUGUGCCCAGAGUCGGCUGGAAUCAGAGGCGCCUUCAAAUAUGUCAAUACCAUGGUGUCUCUUGUUGUUUUUGUGGUUGGAAUCGUGGGGAAUUCGGCCUUGCUGAGAAUCAUAUACGUAAACAAAUGCAUGAGGAGUGGACCAAACGUUCUCAUUGCAAGCCUUGCUUUGGGCGAUCUGCUUCACAUUGUGAUAGACAUUCCAAUCAAUGCGUACAGGCUCAUGGCAGAAGAUUGGCCAUUUGGUUUGUUAUUGUGCAAACUCGUCCCCUUCAUACAGAAAACCUCAGUUGGAAUAACAGUACUGAGCUUAUGUGCUUUAAGUGUUGACAGAUACAGAGCUGUAGUAGCCUGGAAUCGAAUCAAAGGCAUCGGGGUCUCAAUGUGGACAGCAAUCGAAAUAACUCUGAUAUGGGUUCUUUCAAUUCUGCUGGCGGUGCCUGAAGUUGUUGGCUUUGAUAUGAUAACGAUGGACUAUAAAGACAAGCAUCUGAGAAUAUGUCUGCUUCAUCCCGUGCAAACCACACAAUUCAUGCAGUUUUAUAAAUCAGCAAAGGACUGGUGGCUCUUUGGCUUCUACUUCUGCAUGCCACUGGCUUGGACUGCCGUCUUUUACGCACUCAUGACCAGGAAAAUGCUGAGGAAUACUGAGAAUACACUCAGUGAUCACACCAAGCAGAGACGAGAAGUGGCAAAAACUGUCUUCUGCCUGGUGAUUGUGUUUGCACUCUGCUGGUUCCCUCUGUACUUAAGCAGGAUAUUGAAACUUACCAUAUACGAUCAGAAAGAUCCGAAUAGGUGUCAGCUACUGAGUGCCUUUCUUGUCAUGGACUAUUUUGGCAUUAAUAUGGCGUCCCUCAACUCAUGCAUCAACCCUAUUGCGUUGUACAUCGUCAGCAAAAGAUUUAAAAGAUGCUUUAAGGCGUGUCUGUGCAGUCCAUGUCUCCCUCUCCAAGCUGUUACCCAUGACGAGGUGCAGUCUGUUUUGAAGUCCAAAAUGCAGGAUCAAGCCUCAGAGCAGAGCUGCAACAUCAAAGCUCCCAAGCAGACUUCCUCACCUCCACCUGAGAAGGAGAACACCUUACUGUGUUAGCAAAACUCAUGUGGAACUGUGAAAAUCACUGCUAAGGUCUAAAAUAUUUCUUUAUUAAAUAUAUAUACGGCUAUCAAAGCAGCGAGAGAAGCGGGAGAACAACCUUGACAUGCCUUCCUAAUGAUAUAAAAUACCUUGUGAAUAACACGUCCUUUGUACUGCUGUCGUCAGCUGAACAUCUGCUUUGGCAUGAGCAACCUGGAGUCAGACUGUUCAGACUAUUUGCCCUCGGGGGGCUUGACUCACUCCCAAACAUUACAUCAGAUACCUCGUACCUAUCCUGUAUCAUGCAUCACAGUUCUCAAAUCACUGUUUUGGGCACGAUGUUAACCUGGCACCCAUCAACAGGAAUCUUGUCACGGCUUACCGCCUGCAUGUGUAUCAUUUUGAUUCUGUUUCUGGAUUCUGGCGCCUUCAGAAACCCAUGCAAACAGGAAUUUAAAAUUAUUACGGUGGGUUUUAAGGGGGUACGGUGUAUUAUUAGCACAUAAAUGCGUGUUUUUAUCUCUGUUUAGUUUCUCAUUCACAGCCGCCUUAGACUUUUUAGUGUUCCUUCUUUCUUGAACCUUGAGAAACAUAUCAAAUCAGCGCCACGAGUAGAUUCUGUCGCCGACGCUGAAUGACUGAUUGAUGGUGGCCUAUUUUUAAUGCAUUGUUAAAUGUGUAAUGCAUGGAGACACUUUAUAAAAGACCUGAGAGUGGGGAAGAAGGAAAACGAAGAUGACAGAAUGAGGUCAGGAGGAGA